AUGGGGGUCUUCAGCCAGAAAUCGAAGUCCAAGGCCGCGCCACAGACACUCCGAGUAGAAAAGGUCGUAAUCCCACCCAAGCCCAAGCCGCGCUCAAGCCUCGCACCCAACGGCCGUCAUGCAUCGUCGAGCAAGCAGGGACCCUCUCCGCGGCUGUCCCCAAACCCCCAGAUAGCCCGAAUGAAGAGCACAUCGCCCUACCCGUCCUCGUCCGACGAAAAGCGCACUGAGCGCAAGCGCAAGGCUGUCACCAGCACCCCUCGAGACUCGCCCGCCUUUGGCAACGAUUCCGACUCGGACGAUAACGACGACACCGACCCCUUCAUCGCAGAAACGAAGCGCAUGCGGCGUGGCGACUCGAGGUCGAUUGAUGUCAACCGCAAGUUGCGCCACAAGAAAGCAUUCGGUGAUGACAUCAGGGAAUUGCGCAUCAUUCAUGCCGCGGAUGUUGCCUCGCUUGCGUCGCAGUGUGUGCCCAUAUUUGGGGCCAAGGAGGAUGAGAUCGCCGUCGAGCUGCAAUAUCCGUCGCGCUGCCAGCCCGAGAGAUACGAACUGGUAUGGAAGAAAGAUAAAAUUGAUGUAGUCAAGGACAUAAUCGAGGUUGUAAAGCAUGUUGCACAAAACUACCUCACCGAGGCCGAGGCGCGACCGUUCAUUGAUCACCACGUCAGUUUUCGGAGACAGAUGGAGCGAGCAUCGAACGAGAAAAUUGGGGAUCUAGCCACUUUCAAGUCGGCGCUCAGCAGUUACAAUACGGCGCUGAAGGGUCUACUUGAGAAGGGUUCCAUUGCCAAGAACCUGGAUAAGAUCCACCAUUUGCCCCUCGAACUGGUCUCUUUCAUUCUCGAGCAGGUAUAUGACCGCACCGUCGCUCCCAACGUGGACAUCCUCAACAAAUACAAGACGGGAAGCGACAAUAUCUACGGAGAGUUGCGAUAUCCCUUCGUCCACAAGAUUUUGGUCGAUCACGGGAACCUAAAGUCGGAUCAAGUAUUUGUCGACCUCGGGUCCGGAGUGGGUAACGUUGUCCUGCAGGCGGCCCUCGAGAUUGGAUGCAGAAGCUAUGGCUGUGAGAUGAUGGAGACUUCAUGCAACUUCGCCGAGGCACAGGAGAAAGAGUUCAAGUCCCGUUGUCUCCUCUGGGGUGUCGCACCAGGCCGAGUCCUCCUUGAAAGGGGAGAUUUCCGAACGAACCGAAAGAUCCUGGAGGUGUUGAGAGAGGCUGAUGUCGUCUUGGUGAACAAUAAGGCCUUUACUGAGCCACUGAACAAGGCCCUUGUGGACAUGUUCCUGGACCUGAAAACUGGAUGCAAGAUCAUUUCGCUCAAGUCUUUCGUCUACGAUAACAAGGGAGCGGUUAAUGACAUUGCGACCAGUAUUCUCGAUGUCGAACACCACACCUAUCUCGAAGACUGGGUCAGCUGGGCAGCCUCCGAAGGCGAAUAUUACGUCUCAACAAAGAAGUAG